GAGCUUCAAGGGUUUCAAGAGGAACUGGAGCAGCAAUCACAAAAUGUCAUCAUAGAUGACCAGAAUGCUGACUUUAACGUAGCAACGCCAAAACCAAAACCUCUGGAUGAGUUCAGAUUUUCGAUAACUGCAAUGGAAGGUAUUUAAAAGUUUCUUUUCUUUAUUUCCCUCCUGAAUUCCCUUGUUUACGGUUCCUGGUUUUAAAGUUCAGCUUAAGAUGUGAUGGCCAUUGAGGUAAAAUUGUAAAAACCUGUAGCAUGCAUAAAAGCUGUAAAACUUUGUCCAUGUGUUGCAGUAGAAACUUGCAGUCAUUGUAUUUAUCUUAAGUUAUGUUAUGGAUAACGCUGUUGAGUUGUAUUGAACUUUAAGUUGUAAUGAUUGGCCGCUGUACAAGUUAUGGUUUGGUAUUAAUUCCAGGUUUUGUUGGUGUUCUUAUUAUUUUAGUGUUUUUUUAAAAUUAUUAUUCUAGUUAAAUGUGUUUUUUUUAAAUGCUCAUGUUGCUGUUUUUAGUGAUAUUGUUACAUUUUGUUAUUGAUGUAUUAUUUUGUUAACAUUUUAUUAGUGCUGUUCUGGAUGCGUUGUUGUUCCCCUCUGGUUAUGUUUGGAAAAAAAGUGAAAAUAUUCAACUCAUCAGCAAGAAACAAAAACUUUACCUAUUUUUUCAAAUCUUUCAGAUCUAAAUAAUUGGUAGUUUUUACAGCCGCCGUGCUGGAUAAAUUUAACAAAAAAUUCGUCAUUAGUCUCUUUCGUUAUAUCAUCCAAUAUGGCCGCCAUGUCUUUGGUUAUUUCAUUCUCUUAGAAAUGAUUGCAAACCAGAAUAUACUUGUCAAAAUUAGAUWUUUUUUUUUUGGUAUAAUACAUUCAACAUUUUUAAGGACACCUACACUGUAUUCACAAAGGGAGGUCUCUUAAAAGUUACCAUUGAAUGAUACAUCAAUUCACAAGUUGCUACAUACGCACGUUAAUUAUGAUUGUAAUCUUUUGCCCCUCGGGUUGUUGGGCAUGUACAGUAGGCACAAAAAAUAUCUCAUGAAAUGUUCCAUAAGUAACUCCACAAGCUUUUGGUCUAAUGACGAUUCCAAUGGCAAGAGAGUGUUAAUUCAAGUGCCUUAGACAGCUGCACCCUCUAAUAUUAACAUAAUGAUUCUAGUUCGUCUAGUGUGCAUAUACCAUUAGAAUGAGAAAAUUAACUAGCUAUGAAUCCGUGAUAACAUCAAAGCUUACAUCAAAUUUCUCGUAGAAAUACUUUCUUUGACCUGAAAUUAUAUUUUGUAAAUGAGGAUUACAUAUUCAUUGUGGCAAAGUUUAAUUUCUUUAAUACUGUCGUAACCAAUCAGUGCCCGCCACAAAGAGCCAGCCCUUGUAAUCCAGUCUGAAUAGGUUAAUGGAUUAAGGGAACCCUUCAUGUUAUGUUGUCUUGUGUUUUUUAAUUAUUUAUUGAGCAAACAUUGUCGACGACUUUAGAAAAUCAACCUUAUCGUAGGGAUAAGAUUUAUCAGUUCAUGUCUGCGUUGUUAUUUUGAUUCGGGUUACCCCCCUCCCCCCUCCUGUGGGUGAGUGAGGGAUUGAACGAGUACCUAAUACCCCCUCCCUUCGUGUGUAAGAGGAGUACAUAUUUAGGUUUCAUGUUUACCGAUCCACUCAGCGGGAGAGAGUCCAUUAGUACUCUGUUCUUUGAGAUAACACGGUCACUACUCGAUGAAACUAAUUGAUAGUAACUUGCAUUUUGUUACUGAUAACAACGAUUAUUGGCUUCUUGGCCGCCUUAUCAAUCCGCUAGAUCAACCAUCGGCACUUCGGUUCUUCCUUUCUUUGCUCCUUGAUGAUUUUAAUUGAUUUGUAUGCUUCGUGGGGAAUAGUUAGAAGGUAAAGUUACAAUAUAUCUUCGAGCACUACAAAUUGGGCGAAGCUUGAAGGUAUUUGCAUCGCGAUGGAGUACUGUCCAAUCCGUGAAGGUAAACCAUUACAAUUCCUCACUCUGAAGGAAUGUUUUUCAAUCUUAUCAUUUAUAUUCAAAGUACUAAACCUACUACCUAAGAGUAUUCAACUGAGUGUAUGUCGUCUCAAUCAAGCGUAAAAAACAAACAUCUCUCAGCUAAUUCUUUCAUUUCCAAGCUCUAUUUUAUUGUCUUAUUCUGACUAUACCUGUGGUUCAGUUGCGGGUAGGUUUAGUGACAGGAUAAAAGAGCCACGCUUAACAAAUUUAGCUCGCUCGUGGCUUAUUGUGACUAAUUUGAGUUAUUUGAAGGAACAGCGUGGUAGAGUAUUUAACCGUCAUGUGUCGUUAUACCACAAUGUUUUGCAUUAAAAUAAUUGGGCAUUAAUCCUAACAUCUGUAACUGAAUUCAGAAACAUUUUCAAUAACUUAUAAGGUCUUAAUUUGCUAUGCAUAAUACGGCGCUGUGAACUAUUCAAAAAGUCUUUUGUACGACUGUACAAACUAUUUAUUUAAUAUUAGUAUUCUAUGUACAAACUCACAUAUCAAGAAAAUCUGGCAUAGUUUUGUUCUCGUUAUCUUUUCACUCAACUCUGUUGUCUUUGUAUCAUCCAUCUGGUAAAGACACUGAAGUCAAGCCUUCGUCAACAUGAACCUUUCACAUUUGAUCUCCAUCUGUUUGACUUUAAAAUUGACUUUCAUUCUAACUACUUAUCUUUAUUUUUACUGCUUUGUUUUCAGUCCUUUCAAAAUACAAUUCAAUUCGGUCAUUAACUUGGAUUUUCCAUUAAUGCUUUUAGUUCUUAUAUCCGUGCUUUUUUUAGAUGCCUUCAAGGCGGUGCAUGUAAACUCGACUCGUCGAUGACAUUUUGAACAGUUUUUUGGCGGGCUUUUUCAACUUGAUUCCUGUUUGGUCUCUUCGUUAGGUCAAUAAUGUUUAGUCAAGAUUUGUGCGAUAGUGAACGAAAAAUGAUUUAGAUAUUCUCUUUGCUGAACGAAAAAUGUAAAAACUUUUAUUGCAAAAGCAAAGGUUUUUCAAUUUAAACGCAACUGUCAAAUCCAUGUAAACAAUAGCCUGAGGGAGAAAUAAAAGCUCAAAAAUGCGUUCCAAAAAAAGAAGAAAAAAACAUACAGAAAAAAUCAAAUAUCUUUUGAGGAGAAUCAAAUUGUGUUUUUCUUUUUAUAAGAAAAUUCCAAAUCUAUUUCGCGUGAGUAUUGCUGGCUUUGCAAAUCUGCACAUCUUCAGUUGACAAAGAACUUCCUCUUCAGAUCCUAGCUUUUUAUCGAGUUAUUUACGUUGAAUUUAUUUUAACGUUUCCUGGUAAAAAUGUCGCGGUUAACCACAUAUAGAGAAUGGCUGGACACAUUCAUGGCUUUUAGUCAUCGUUUAAAGCGUCUUUUUAAUAUUGAUACUUAUUUUAUAAAAAAAAUUAUUCCUUUUCUGAAAUUUGGCAAAGACAUAAAUAAGAGAAUACGCACUAGAAAAUGAGGAUGUUUUUCUAAAGUCUCUUUCUCCUUUCUUUCCUUCUUUCUUCCUCUUCUUCUCCUUGUUCUCCUUGUUCAUUUAUUCUCCUUCUCCUUCUUUGGCUUUUGUUUUUUUUCUUCUUAUUUUUUUUAGCAAAUAUAAAACAAGUUUUCCUUCCAUAAAUCACGUCUUCUAUCCAGUGUUGAACGUCGAGCGUUGCAUGACUCUGGGCUCGUAUAUUGCAUGUUAUUUAUUAAAUAUAUAAGAACUUAAGGAUAUUUGAUACUAUUGUGUCGUAUUACUAUAUAGAAGAGCUUCAGCUUUCAUUAUAAGACCCUUCAGGUCAUGACACCAAACCAAACCUUUAAUUCAUUCAUUCGAGCACUUCCCUCGUGCACUCUUACCAAGAAUAAUACUUUCAAAGCCACAAAAUAACAAAUUCUCAUUUGUCUAGCACAUCGAACAUAACUGGUUUUCCCUUAUUUUUGUACAGUGUAUUGUCCUAAGAUACUGGUGAAGUCGAUCUCGAUGCGUUACUUGAAGACUUAUGCAUAAUGGAGAAAGAUCUCAACUCGAAUACUCCUAUUACAAACAACACAGAACCGAUUUUCUUUGAUAAAAACUCGUUCUACGAAAAGCCAAACUCCCCUCUUUCUCCGAAAGUCAAGGUCCCAGCAGAUGUCCGAAAUCGUUUGGAAAGCGUUCAAGAAGAAAACAAAGAAUUGACCCAGGAAGAACAGCUCGAAAAAAUUAAAGCUGAGAAAAUAAGAAUCGCAUUGGAGAAACUUAGAGCAGCCCGGGUCAAGAAGUUGGUUGUCAAAGUACAUAAUGAUGAUGACCCCACGUCUAAAACAAUUGCUAUCGAUCAAACUUGGACAUCUUGGGAGGUCUGCAAGAAAAUGAUGAGAAAGAAUGAUGCAGAACCAGAUCCUAAUUGGGUAUUAGUAGAGAGACUACCUGACCUUUGUAUAGAGCGAUCGCUAGAAGACCACGAGUCUGUAGUAGACGUUGUGUCAGACUGGACUUGGGAGAAUGAGAAUCGUGUUGUCAUCAACAACAAGAGAGAUAAAUAUGCGCUGUUCAGAAAUCCCCAGAAUUAUCUUCUUUCAAGCGAUACUUCUGCUGGAGCUGCUCAGCUUGCAGAAAAGAGUAAAGACAUUUUAAUAGAGGAAUAUUUUCAACGGGACACCAUGAGGCUUCCAGAACUCGAUGGAGUUCUAUAUUUCAAGGAAGGAAAGAAAAGCUGGAAAAAACAUUACUUUGUUCUCAGAGCAUCAGGAAUUUACUACACUCCAAAAGGCAAAACAAAGUCUUCCAAAGAUCUCACGUGUUUAGUCAAGUUCGAAUACGUCUCGCUUUACACUGGCGGCGCUCAGUUUAAGAAGAAGUUUAAAGCACCAACAGAACACUGCUUCAUACUGAAGCACCCACAAUACCACGAAAUCGACUCCAAAGCAAUCAAAUACUUCUGCGCCGAUGAUGUAAAGUCUCUCCACAGAUGGAUCGUGUGCAUACGAUUAGCUAAGUACGGUUAUCAAAUGCUGGAAGACUUCGCCAUGACACAAACAGAAAUGGACCAACUAGCCUUCACACUAGACAAGAAUAGAUUCGCUAAAGCAGCUAGUUUUAGCGUGGGACAAAGCAACACUGAAGACACGCAGAUAACCGAUGCUCGAGACAAGGCAGUGAAAACAGCCAAAGCUCAAUCUGACAAGAUCAAGAUGGCCAUGGGACCAAAGUAUUCAGGGAGUCAAAGUUUCUCUGUAUCGAGAAAGCAGUCAACAGAAAAGCGACAGCAGAAGAAGAACAUUGGGAACUUGUUUUCUGAUGCCUGGAACAAAGGGACUGAACCAGAAGAAGAGAAUGGCCCUGUAUCUCCAGACACGCCCUCGAGUACUGGGUCUGGGAUGACCCCAAACACCUUCGAACCCAAAUCAUUUAAUAUCGCGAUCGAUAAUGCAUUCAACAUGGACAAAAUAUCCGAGGAGCAGCCCCCUCCUCCGCCUCCACUACUGCAGAAUGAAUUGAACGAAGAUAUUCCUCCACCUAUAGCAAGUAAAAACAGCAGUAAGAGUAACAGUCUUGAAAGAAAUAAUAUGGAGAAUGACAAAAAUACGGCUGAUCAGACACAAAUUCCGUCGCCAACUGAAGUCAAGUCAAUGUUGGAAACUCUUCAUUCCUCACCACCGCCAUUAUCAAGUAAAGAAAUGGGAUCGACGGAUUCUCUUGACAAUAUCCCGCCUCCUCCCCCCCUGGACAUGGCAAUGGACACCGACGUUGACCUACCACCACCUCCACCGGAGGCUCUUUUUAAGAACCAAUUGGAGUCUUCCUUGAUAAGAUCAAACAGCGAAAGCCGGGAUAGAGCCAAUAGCAGUGGAAAGACUCCUCCGCCUCCGCCUCCGAAAACUAGUCGUCCAAGACUGACCAGCAAUGGAAAAGGACAGCUAUCUUGAUACACUAUAAACGACAAUUUAAUUUGCAAACAAACUACCUCGUGAUUGGAUUGGAUCAAAAAUCGAUUUAGAACCCGAUGAAUGGUUGAUUGACAAGGCACGUCAUAGUCACGUGAUUUCAUAAUCCCGAAGAUUGGAUUGGAUCAAAAAUUGAUUUGGAAACCAAUAAAUGGUUGAUUGACAAGACGUCACAGUCACGUAAUUUCAUGAUCUCGACAAGGCAUUUGAAGAUAGCUUUUAUAAUACCACUUGUUAAAGCUGGAACAAUCAAUAAACCUUAAAAAUUCAACGAAAAUCAAGAAUUAUGCUUCAUUGAAACAAAAAGCCUAUAGUUUCAAAGUUGAAGAACGAAAAUCUACAAGAAAAUUAUGAAUAACGCAAGAAUACAUGAAGUAGAAAUGGAUACUUGAAGCGCUUGCUGUAGAGUACGUACAGACGUUUUAGAUUCAUAUAAAUAUUAGUAUAUUAUUAGCCUAUUACUGUCUUUUUUAAUGCCAGCUACCAUUCAAUUUAAUUUACCAAGAUUAUUUUUCACUCAAUUAUUAGUCGUUAAAAUACAGUCGAAAAGAAAAUCUCGGCGAAGUAUUCAUGAAAUCUUUAGUAGUUUUUAAUUUAUUAUAUUUUAUAAUUUGUACUAGAGAGAAGGUUUGUAAAAGGCAGUAACACACGAUGAAGCAGGGUAGCAAGGCGCUGAUACACUAGACAAUUGCUGGCUUUCACUCAGCUGAUAAAAUAUUUUGAAUCUCAUUAUCUGCUCCACAUGGUGGUCAAACACUGACCAUCAUGUGCUGAACGAAUUCUCGUGAUUCAGCUGAUGAACAUUCCGCACGAGGCAGGAAAUAACGUCUAGUGAAAGCCAGCAAUUCUUGGAGUGCAACCACAUGACUCAAAAUCCCUCGAAAUAUAAACAAUGAAACUGUCAGCCGCCAUGUUGGUUGAUCUAACAAGAGAAGCUAACGAGGAAUGCUUCGUUAUCGUCAACCAACAUGGCGGCUAUGACGACAAUGGUCUGCAAAUUCUCUAGUAAUUUUGUUGCCAGGAACUAACUUAUCACAUGAGAACGUUUAGUGAAAAACAUCGUUUAUUGUAGUUGAAGCGGGGAGACGUAAUUACUUUUACACUGCUUCUCAACAAUUUGCCGUCGCAAAUAGCGUUUUAGUGGACGUCAGUCAGCGUUUCCAUGACAUUGGUAAACACAUUUUUUUAAGGGCAUCUGCCUAUGGAAUGUCAUGGAAACCCCUUGAUUGACGUCCACCAAAUCCUACUUCGCCGUGACCACGACGCGCAAGCUAUUGCGAAGGAUUAUAUCUUCAGCUGUAAAAUUAUGCUGUAUUCACAUUUCGGAUGGACCGUUAAAUUUUGAGGAAUUUUAAUGUUUAUAUUUUUAAGUAAUAAAUAAUCAAGUGAUAUAUAUUUUUGAAGGGAUAUUCUUAUUGAUUCAAUAUUUUAUGGGGAGGUUUAGAAUUCUCAAAAUACAAUGGUCUACCCCUAAACCAUAAUUCCUUGCACGAGAUGAAUCAGAAUUUCGCUUUUAAAACAUUGUUAUUUCUUUGGCGUCUUUGUUUUACAAGGCGAUACUCGAAAAGCCAGUUUAUGGCGAAUCUGGAUCAAUGAAAAUGUCAUCAGUUUCUUUGUGCACGGAGUUAUGUUUAUUAUGUGAAUAGUGUUGUUUUACAGCUGAUAAUUUGGUCUAUUUCGUGUGAGAGAAAUCGUAUGGUACUGAAAAUAUUUUCACCGUUGACCAAUCAAAUUGCGAGCCGACCCACUCACAGCAAAGUAUGGUCACGACACGGUAUUGUACAGUUCUCCCUCACACGUAAUUUACUCCACGUACCUGAAGUCUAUUACCAAUGUACCAAUAAUUAAUCGAACAAGAAUAUACAUAUAUAUGUGCGUUCAUUUCGUUUACGUUUCUUCGUUUAGUAUUGAAUCGAUAUGUAAGAUAUAACUUUGGAUUGUAUGUUAGAUAAACAGGACACUGGUGAAAAACGCACUGCGCACGCUCGGAGAUGGCAUAGCGUAACUAAGGGCAACUUGUGUUUUUGAUGCCGGUGUUUUGAUUGUUUUACAAAAUCGCAAAACUUAAGAAAAAUGCUGAAAACUUAAGGUUGUCCUUUUCGCAAUAGCAAGAUAAUUUCGAUAGUGAUACACAGCUGAUUUAUACAAAAAAACUUUUGUUUAUACAAAGCAAAAAUAAUCUUUGAAAAUGCCGCCACUCGCGGCCCGACGAUUUGCAGAUAAUMACAUGGUCGGAUCCUAUGUAAAGAAAUCCAAAAAUAUGUGUAAAAUUCCAAACCGAAUAUUCAAAAAAUAGCCCUGUCGGUUAAAAUAAAACCUACCUUUAGAUGUGAUCAAUUGUUAUUGUCCGCCAUUUUGUUUUUUCUCCCAACGCAUGCGCAGUGCGUUUUUCAUCAGUGUCGAUAAACAGCCAUCCGUUCCAUAUAAUCAACAUAUUAUGUAUAGCCAUAAAAAAAGUUAUCUAAAUCUAUAAGGUUUGGUUAGCCUGUACGUUUUAUUGAAUAAACUCUAGAGAUUGCGAAUGUAA